AUGCCGGCAUUUUCUAGAAGCCAGCAACCCAAGAUUUCGUUUGUUGUAGGUUACCAGGACUAUGAAUAUUAUGAGAUUCCAGUAACUAACUUUAUCAUACGAAAUUCUUUGAAGCUGAAAGCUAAUGAUGCUGAAAUGGUGUUCUCCUUACAUGGUGCAGUUGAGAGGUUUAGUUCAUUACUUCCUUUCUUGGAAUCAGAUAGAGAGCCUGUACCAGCUGAAGCCAAGCUUGAAGACGAAUUCCUUGAUAUACCACCAGCUUCAAGGAAGCGGGUCUUGGCAGGAUUGCUUCUGCGUGACAUAAAAAGCUUUUGGCGUGUCGCGUUGUUGCUGUCCACUCUCUUGCAUCCAAUUGAUGAAACUAUUGGAUAUUCUCGGAACAAAGAAUCAGAAAGAAGGGAAAUUUUCAGAAAAGUUGAGAGGAUCAUUACUGUUCUUGAUCAUUCUUGAAGAUUUGAGCGUACAUGGGA